UUUUUGUAGCCCGCUCCAACAGCACCAUCUCUGGCAGGUGGUGUGUGCUUUAAAAACCAUACAGUAGGCUCAUGUUUAGGACGAUAGGUAGGUAGUUAUAGGGGGAUAAAUACACUUUAGGUUCUUUAAUUGACGUUUUUUUGGUUGGUAGUGUUAUGUUAGGUGCCAUCUUGUUCCCUUUAAAGCCUAAGGGAUCGCCGUGAAUGAGAUGAACGUCGGGGUUUCCCUCUCUGAAGGCAGACACUUUGUGCUUUACGGUCAGCGGUGAAUUCUGCUCCUUCAUCAUCAUGCAGCUGGUGCAAAAAGACGGACCUACAUGUUGAUUAUAUUUCUUCACCGGUGUUUGUCUGAAUGAGAGAACACCUCCCCUGCCUCGGCUGGACAAGGACUCACAUCCUGGAGCUGCCUCACCUCAUCCGCCGGUGUUCAGUAUGAUAUGUUGAUGACAUUUGUUGGAAGUGGUCGUGCCUUUUGUUUUCAUUUCGGGAUAUGCGGAUCCGUGAAAUCACCGUGACGAGCGGACGUUUAAUUCAGCUCCUAAAAUGAGGAAGCGUUUUCAUAAAAGACCCAGAAAAUGGCAAGAAGGUCUCGUCGUCCGUGGGCCCGGAUCUGAGUGAAAUGAAAAGGAAAGGAGCAAAUGAUUAUUUUCCUACAGAAUGACACCAAAGGAGGUAAAACGGUGGCGGCAGAUGAGACGCAGCAUCAAUGAAGGACAAGUUUUGAGUCUCUCGUAAUGAACAGAAAUACUUUGCAUCUCGACAGCAGAUCGUUUCCCCGAUAUUGAAUGAUUUUUUUUAUGCUUUGGGAAUUUUUCUAAUCCACCAGUCAUCUAUUUUCGCAUUGCAUUCGUUCUCUUUUUCAUUAUAUGUUUGAUUUUUCUUUAUAUUUUUGAUCCGGAUCCAGCCCUGAUUAUUCAAUGGAAGUAUGUUAUCAGCUGCCGGUUUUGCCUCUUGACAGGCCGGUUCCUAAGCAUGUCCUCAGCCGGAGGGGAGCCAUUAGUUUCAGCUCCAGCUCUUCUCUCUUCGGGGCUCCUGAUCCAAGACAGCUGUCACAGAGACGAGGAGCCAUCUCCUACGACAGCUCCGACCAGACAGCGCUGUACAUUCGUAUGCUAGGAGAUGUGAGAGUGAGAAGUCAGGUUGGAUUUGAACCGGAACGAAGGAGCUCCCAUCCGUACCAGUGCAUCGACUUUCGGACUCUUCACACACGGCUGGGAUGUGGGUCUGCAGCUGACUCUGCUCCUGAGAGGAGGGUCCACAGACUGCUCAGCUUCCAGAGGUACCUGCACUCAUCCCGCCUGCUGCGGGGAAUCCCCCAGCAGAUCCCCCUCCACCUCCUGGAUGAAGACUACACUGGACAAGCUAGAUGCAUGCUGGAAAAAGUCGGGACCUGGAACUUUGACAUUUUCCUCUUCGAUAAGUUGACGAACGGAAACAGUUUGAUCACCCUGACCUUCCACCUGCUGAACCAGUACGGCCUGGUGGAGCUCUUCCAGCUGGACAUGGUCAAACUCUGGAGGUUCCUGGUCAUGGUCCAGGAGGACUACCACAGCGACAACCCCUACCACAACGCUGUGCACGCUGCAGACGUCACACAGGCUAUGUACUGCUACCUGCGGGAACCCAUACUUGCCAAGUCUCUGACCUCCUGUGAUAUCAUACUGGGACUCUUAGCAGCUGCCACGCAUGACCUGGACCAUCCAGGGGUCAACCAGCCUUUCCUCAUCAAGACUGACCACUAUCUAUCUACACUGUAUAGGAAUACCUCAGUUCUGGAAAACCACCACUGGAAGUCAGCAGUUGGCCUGCUGAGAGAGACGGGGCUCUUCUCCCAUCUUCCUGCUGAAGACAGCCUGAACAUGGAGAGAGAGCUGGGCUCCUUAAUCCUGGCCACAGACAUCAGCAGACAGAAUGACUACCUGUCCAGGUUUCGCCUGCACCUGGACCAGGGCAACCUGUGCUUAAGCAACGCCAGCCACCGCCACUUCCUCCUGCAGAUGGCUCUGAAGUGUGCAGACAUCUGUAACCCCUGCAGACCGUGGGAGCUGAGUAAACAGUGGAGUGAGAAAGUCACUGAAGAGUUCUUCCAACAAGGAGACAUCGAGAAGAAGCACAAACUUGAAGUCAGCCCACUCUGCGACAGACAGGCAAACUCUGUUGGGAACAUUCAAAUAGGGUUCAUGACGUACGUGGCAGAGCCUCUGUUCGCAGAGUGGGCCCGUUUCUCCGACACACGUCUGUCUCAGACCAUGCUGGGCCACAUGGGGCUGAACAAGGCCAGCUGGGGGAGCCUACUGCAGGAACAAACCUCCGUCUCUGAGGAAGCGGAGCCCAGCACAUCAGGCGCCAACACACAGGCAGCCGCCGCCCGAAGAGACGGCAACGCAGCCACAACUGCGGGAGGAACCAGCUCCAAAGAAAUACCUCAGGGAAGCAGAAAAUCCUGACACUCCUCGUGUGCCCUUUCACCUCAGCCUCCUGACCCCUGACCCCGGCCUCAGGGCCUCGACACACACUGGGGGCCAGGUGGGGCAUGUGACGGCCUGCAGCCCUGCCUCUGCCCCACCUGAUCCCAACACCCUGUUUAUUUUGUUGCUUUUGCCUCCCAUCUUGAUAAACCACUGAUUUUAUUUAAUUUAUUUAAUUUUAAUUCCUUUUUUUGGCAUAGAGCAAUACAUAGAUACCUCAUUUGGCUACUGCUGUAUUUUCUUUAAUUUGCUUUGUUGUAUUUAUUUGUUCACUGUAGUUUUGGCAUUAGAGACUGAACACACCACUCUUUUGUUUUUGUGAACCAUAAGGGGAAAGCAGUAUGAGAAGUGAAGAAGAACCUUUCUUUCUGGUAUUUUGAAGUGCCAUUUGAAAACAAAGAUUUGAAGAAUGGGCUGAACUGACCGAGAUGACUGGAGUAUUCAGACUUUAGACCCUCCUAAGACUUUGAGCCGUGUUGCAUUUGUAUUGAAGAUUCUUCCUCAUGUAAAAAAAAAAAAAAAAAAAUGUGACAAGCCCAGUCCUUUUGCUGCCUCUAUGAAGACUGUUUACGCAUCUCCCUGUCUGUUUGUCCUUUCUUUCCCUGAACUGAACAUGUCGGCUCCACGGUUUGCCUUCGAAGCACAGAUGUGAAGAACCACUCGUUUGAACUGUCAUCCCACUGUUGAAGCCAUGAGCAGAACCUUAUUCAAACACACCAGAUGCCAUAAGUAACUCCGCCUGUGCUACAAUGUGUUCUUGCACUCCUGAAUAAUGAUGGUGUUGGACGUGCAUCCACUUCUCCACCACACCUUGUGAAGGUAUUGUAGAAAUUAGUCCUUUGUUCUGAAACUCUUCCAGCGCUGGUUGAACUCGGGGGUAGCUUCCCACCCAGACUGGAGAUCAGAAACUCGCUGCACAUGCAUCUGAACCUGGAACUCCACUCAGCAGCUUGACUCGCUCAGGGUUUUGCCAGUCUCUUAACAGGAGGGAGAGGAGGAGGAGGAGGAGGAGGGGGAGGGGGAGGAGGUGACUACAGGCGAUGCAAGGUUGUGUUUUUUUUUUCCAGGCUAGGAUCUACUGAAGGAGACUCUCCCUCUCUGCAGAAUGUCUUUCUCAGCCACAUGCAACCUAAAGGACUGCUCGAUUGAUGCCUUAUAACUAUGCACAAACUAUGCUAAGUGACCAAACCAGCUCCUGUUCCCAUCAAGUGCAUGGUGUGCUUGUCUUUGAAUGCACUGUCCAAUCCCUUUGCCUUUUUUUGUUGUGAGGAACAACUCCAGCUGUCCUUUUCUUUCUUUUUUUCUCCUCUUUUGUACGGAAACAAAAUGGUUGAGUGACUUUGAACAUUCCAUUUCUUUGUGUUUGGUUUGUCGACUUUGACUCUGUAUAGUGGCACAACGUGUGUUUGUGUUUAAACAUUUUGAAAGAUAACCGGUGCUUUUCUUACUUUAGCUGAUUUGUAUUUUGCUGUAAGUGCUGUAAGACUGUUGAUAAAACUGUUUACAAUUUGUUGCGACAGCCAUUUUUGGGAUGACUUUAAGUGUCGAGCCAGAUUUUGUAAAGGCUUUGCUGUAUUGACCUUUUUGAUACAUGCCUGUUGCAGUUAAGAUUUGAAUAAUAAAACCUGUUGCUGACAAACGUU